GUUGACGCUAAAGCCGUACUGUAGCAUAUUAACAGUCCCACCAGGAGCGGAAGUGUUUCCACUAAGUCGCUUUUAUUUCAUCGGUGUUUUAUUUUCUACCAGAUAUAUAUUCCAUAGCAUAUUGUCAUGACGACUCUGGAUGAUAAGAUUUUGGGUGAGAAGCUGCAGUACUAUUACAGCAGCAGUGAAGAUGAGGAGAGUGAUCAUGAGGAAGAUGAGGGUCAGUCUAAAACCAUCAGGGACCAGGAGGUGUUGGAAGCCGAGAUAGAAUACAGCCCAGAUGGCAGUGCUGUUAACACCGGUCCAAAAGGUGUUCUUAAUGACUGGCGCAAGUACAAGCAGCUGGAGACAGAACAGCGGGUGGAGCAGCAGAAGGAGAUGGAACGGCUGAUCAAAAAGCUCAGCAUGACCUGCAAAUCACACCUGGAUGAGGAGAUGGAUAAGGAAAAACAGAAACAACUGCAGGACAAGCUCAACGGCAAGGUAAACCUACGAGUUGAUGAAGAAGAAGAGGAUGAGGAUGAUGAAACCUUCCUCCAGCAGUACCGUCUGCAGCGCAUGGAGGAGAUGCGACGACAGCUGAGUGGUGGGAGACGUUUUGAGCAAGUGAUAAACAUUACCUCAGGGGAGGAGUUUCUGCAUGCCAUUGAUGAAGAAGGCAAAGGCACCCUGGUGCUGGUUCACAUAUUUGAGCCAGAUGUGCCUGCCUGUCAGGCAAUGGAGGGCAGUCUGCUUUGUCUGGCUCUGCAGUACCCACAGGUGAAGUUCUGUCAGGCUCGAGGGUCCGUUUUGGGCACCAGCACGCUGUUUCGCAGCUCUGCUUUGCCGGCCCUGCUGCUAUAUCGUGGUGGCGAGCUGGUGGGGAACCUGGUUCGCGUCUCAGAUCAGCUGGGCGAUGAUUUCUACGCCACUGAUGUUGAGGCACUGUUGCAGGAGUACGGGCUGCUUCCGGAGAAGCACACGCAAGCAAACGCGCACUCAUCCAUCCGCAAUGCGGCGGUCACAAACCCCUCCGACUCAGACAGUGACCUGGAUAUAGACUAGACAGUCACGGCCGUACAGCUUCAUACACAACAACGUACAUAAACAGACGCACAAUAACCCAUGGCCACCUGAAAUCUGACCAAAACAAGACUCACAAACACUCUUUCAUACAAACACCAUUAUAAUGUAUUUCUUCUGAUGUGUUACUGUAAUUUUAAGGUUAUAAUCAUGUAUGCACCAAAUGAUUGAACAGUUGUGCGUAUGUUUGUGCAUAAAGGUAUGUAGUCAUACCUGAAACCUGUCAUUUCUUUAGCUAAAUAAUUAUUAUAAAUCCUUUGGUUUCUGCUGUAUGCAAUCAAGAAAGCAGAAUGACAUAGAAUCAUCCAUUUAUGUGUAUCUAUUUAUUCCAGUUUAGUUUAAUGUAAAAUUUGUUUGUUUGUUUUUUUUAUUUUGUUUUUGCUCCAGAUAUAAGUUUGUUUUCCAAAGCUUCGGUUAGUUUUAUACGUUUUAUAAAUGUGUUCAUUAAUUCUACAGUGAAUAAACACCUUAUUCUAAUGUUCACAA